CAAAACUCAGGCAGCUCAAAAGAAGACCGCGUGUGAUCCUAUGCAGGUUUUCUCGGAGACAAAUCCUGUUGUGUUCAAUGGGUUGUUGUCCCUCCCACGCUCGAGAAAUGUGCACAGAACUGCAGCCUUGCCCUUGGGGGAAAGUCUCAUUGAACACAGCGGAGCACUGAAAAAAGAAUGGACAGAAUGGCACCCCUUAAAGGAAGAAAAGUAGUGGCGCGGGAGCAUCGAAGCGAAUGAGCAGGAAAUUUGGGAGGCUGCGGAGAAACAUUGUGGUAGGGAAGCGAGAGGCCGAGGCGUUUCCAGAGGUGGUGCUAAAGAGAAGGCAGCGCUGAAGGAGAGAAGCUCCGCUACGGGGGGGUGUGGUGUGAAUAGAGGAGUGAUGAAAGUCGUAGCCGGGUGACGGACGGAAAAAAGCAGGCCAGCCCAGAUUUUAUUGUCUGUCUUGCACAGCUGAUUAUGACAUCACUAGUCUAUUUCAUCAGAACUCAUCAGUCUACAGGUGUUGAGAUUCUUGCUUGCUUCCCUGCCUUGCUUGCCUAUCACCAUUGUCCUGUGGCAGCUCCCAGAUCUCAUUACAACUACCUGGACAAAAUGGCAGACCUAGUGGCUAUCUGGGAAGUGGGUUUAAGUGAUGGUGUUCACAAAAUUGAAUUUGAGCAUGGGACCACCUCAGGAAAACGCAUUGUGUAUGUGGAUGGAAAGGAAGUAAUGAGAAAAGAGUGGAUGUUCAAAUUAGUGGGAAAAGAGACAUUUACUGUUGGAGCAGCCAAAACAAAGGCUACUAUUAACAUUGAUGCAGUUAGCGGCUUUGCGUAUGAAUAUACAUUGGAAAUCAACGGCAAGAGCCUCACAAAAUACAUGGAGAACAGGUCAAAAACAACUAACACUUGGGUACUACAUUUGGAUGGUACAGAUUUUAGGGUUGUAUUAGAAAAAGACACGAUGGAUGUCUGGUGCAAUGGUAAAAAAGUGGAAACAGCGGGAGAAUUUGUAGAAGAUGGGACAGAAACACAUUUCAGUAUUGGAAAGCAUAACUGUUGCAUUAAAGCUAUCAGUAGUGGGAAAAGAAGAGAAGGAAUUCUACAUAUGCUUAUCGUAGACGAUGAAGAAAUCACAGCACCUUUAUAAUACUUUGUUAUUCUGACUCUUGCAGAUACAAAGAUCAGGGAUUUUCAAUUGUUGUGGUCAUUGACAACUUUAAUAUAUACUUCAUGGUACAUUUAGUUUGUGCUGUUUUUAUUUUCUAGCUGCUGUAUAUGAAAUUUAUUGAAGGACCAGAUGAGAAUAUAAAGUGUGGGGUUUUUUUUGUAAAACAUUGUAUAUAUUAGGACACUAAAGGGGAACUUUGACCAAUGUAGAAAUUGUUUACAUGGAAGGUUUUAAUAAAUGAAGAAUAAAAUAGUGAAAUUUG